UCUGUAUAUCUAUACAUGGUUUAUUUUCAUACUCUUCUACAGGUUCUAGAAAAGGAAGUGAUGAAGAAGAAGUCCCUCUCUUUAGAAGUGUUCCCAAUGGUCCUCUACAGACUGGGUCGUGAACCUGAUCCAGCGACACGUCUCACAAUACUGUACACUCUACCAUCAUUAGCAGUUAAUAAGCUGUGUGUUGCAUUGGUGCUGAAGACCCUCCUUGCUCUGUGGGGGUCUGGCUCCCUACGCCCACUUGUCCUGCGUCUUGUACAUGAUCUGUGGACUGUAGAACCUCGAACUUACUCAUACCUGUCACAGCUGAUCAAUGAUAGGUCAAUAAAUUCUCCAGAAGUUCAGAUUGCAAGGGCAUUUGUUGUCACCAGUAUUUGUAAAUCAAAACCUUCCCAGCAUGGUGAGGAAUUGCUGCCGCUGCUCUCAAAAGUGUUGAAUGAAUGCCGCGGUAAUGAGGGGACUGCUCAAGCCCUGAUAGCCCUUGAUGGUAUAUAUGCUUUAUGCUCCAACCAAGUCAUAGAUUUGCGAACCACUUGGCGAGUUAUUGCACCCAAAUUGGUGAGAGACAAUAGACCUGAAAUUACAGUAAAAUUAUGUAAUCUCCUAGGACUUGUCCCAACACUCCAUGUAGAGAGCUCAGAGUAUGAGAAAUUCACAGAGAACUCUCUUAUAAUUCUGUGGAAUUGGGUAAGUCAUCAUCAUAGUAUAGAUGUAGUGGAAGCAGCAUAUAAAUCACUGGAAAAUUACAAAUAUGGCAGCUAUACUCUGAGAAUGUUACCAAAAUAUGCAAGGGAAGGACACCAAUUGCCACCCAGCAUGGCCGCAACACCCUUUGAAGCUGCACGUAACCCAGUGGAUGUCUUAGAUUAUGUCCCUGCUGUAGGCUGGAUUAAGCUGAUGAAGGGAUGCCCAGAAGCCCACAUCCCUUAUGUGCAGAACUUCAUUAAAUCUCUAGUUGCACGAGAAGUAGCUGGACUGCCAAAAGGAAUCUACAUGACAGCUGUUCAGGAGGCAAAGCGCAGAGGUGUCAAGGGUAGUGGUGGUCAACCAGAGCCUCCUUCUUACAGUUUCCUCAAAGACACCUCGACGUUGAGAACUCUUGUGAAUUUCCUUAUAGACUUCCCUGACAUGUUGGAAAACUGCACAGAAGUAGAUGCAAAGAAGAGAUUGCUAAGGUGUGCUGUAUUAGCAAUGGAAUCUUUGGGCCAGCCAUUGCCACGGCCAUAUCCAGCUCUAGAUUGGAUAUUUUUGGAAAAGGUACUUUCUGCAGCCCAGUCAGUUUCAAAUUCUGAUUGGACAACAAGAAUUCGACAUAGUCUCUUUAGAAUUGCUGCAAGACAAAGUAACAAGUCCCCCUCUGCAUGUAAUCUGAUAAGCCAGUGGAUGUUACCAGCACCUACCAAUGGCUUAACCAAAGAAGAUGAAAUUACACUUUUUGGGCUGUUAGAUCACAUUGGUCGUGGAGUCCCUCCAAACUUCUUGCAGCCUUUCAUAGCAUACAUUUUCCAACAACGCAUAUCUGAUCCAAGUCAUAUGAAAGCUUUAUUGGAGUCGGUAAAACCAGUCCUUACUGCUGACUUCAUCUUUGACACUAACAGAAAUGUUUUGAGUAAUGCUAUUGAACAUCUAAAUGAAAAUAUGGACCCUACAGAUGAAGCGGUAUAUAACACGUAUAAGGCAUGUGUUGCUGACCUUCCACAAAAGCACAUAGAACGACUAACCUCUCCAUCACUUUGGUGGGAAGUUACAAAUGAGAGAUUGUACAGAGCAGCUGUGCUACGUUGCCAUGUAGCAGAGAAGGACCCAGAGGAAAUGGCUCUGCCCUGGCUCAAUGACUUGGUAGACUCUGCAGCUUCUUUGCCUGGCGAUCGCUCCCAUCUGCUUAGUGUCAUGUCAAACACAUUAGUAACUAGGUGCCUUGUAAAUGAGAGUACCUCAUGGUUCCUGCAGCUACUUGGACGUCUAAGAGAUCACCUAAAAAGAAAGACAGAUGAUAACCUCGUUGCAAUGCAUGAGCAGCAGCAGCGCAUUACCUUCUACCUCGAUCUCUUAGUGAUGGGGCUUAUUGUGUGGUCAGGCUUAUGGGCCACAAAUCAUAUGCAGGUUCUUGCUGAGACUCCAGCAUUGCGAGAUCGUCUUCUCCUUCCUUCCCUGGUGACACUUUCGGGUCAACCUGCAUGGGUUCAGACUCUCAGUCAGUUUCUAAAUUGGAUGGUUUCAUGCCAUACACUCUUGCAGAAUUAUAAUGCGUCUCGUUAUCACCUUGGCUCGCCCACACUCCUCCUUGCGACGCUCAACCCAAGUAUUUCACAGGUCAUGUGGAAUAAGGUUAUUGCUAUGCUUGUGUAAGGACAAAGGAUCUAGAUAGAUUCUGUGAUCAAUUUUUAGCGCAUAUGUAAUUUAAAAUAUUUAUAAUAUAAAUUAAAAAGAAUUGCUCUAUACAAUGUAACUUUGCAUGUAUUUCUAUGACUUUACAAUUCAAGGGUCAUGAGAAGUUUGCAAAUUAUUUGAGGUGUUGUCUAAGACAAGAGUGCGAGGAACUAUUGAUGUUUCUGAAUACCUUAAAGCCAGUAAGAUGUCAAAAAUAUAACCAUAAUUAUUGACUGCUGUUAUGUGUUUCAUAGUUUAUCUUAAUUGCUUCAUUUUUCAAAAUUGUAUUGUUUCAGAUAUGUUAUAUUGGAAAUAUGGGAGUGUUAAUGCAUUUUCAAUCAUGUUACUCGUCUUCCAUUGUAAUGACUCAUUUGUUAUAAUUGCUUAAAUGUGAAUACAUGUGUAGAUGUAUUUUCUGUUAUAUCUUCAACACAAUAGAUAUUUACAUUUAUUGUAUUAAGUAUUAUCCAGUGAUAAUAAAAACACAAGUGGCAUUUA